UUUUAUUGUGAAGGACGUGGAGCGGAAGUGCACCAGUUGAUGUAGCCUGUUUUGAAUAUCCAGGCGAGCCAAGAUGGCAGAGUACCUGGCGUCCAUUUUUGGGACAGAGAAAGAUAAAGUCAAUUGCUCUUUUUACUUUAAAAUUGGUGCCUGUCGACAUGGCGACCGCUGCUCCAGAUUACACAACAAGCCAACAUUUAGCCAGACAAUUGCCCUGCUGAAUAUUUACAGGAAUCCUCAGAAUAGCGCUCAGUCUCUGGAUGGUCUGACCUGUACCGUCAGCGACAUGGAGAUGCAGGAGCACUAUGAUGAAUUCUUUGAGGAAGUCUUCACAGAGAUGGAAGAAAAGUACGGAGAGGUGGAGGAAAUGAACGUGUGUGACAACCUUGGGGACCACCUUGUAGGCAAUGUUUAUGUGAAGUUCCGUAACGAGGAGGAUGCUGAGAAGGCGGUGAUAGACCUGAACAAUCGAUGGUUCAACGGGCAGCCCAUCCAUGCCGAGCUGUCUCCUGUCACAGACUUCAGAGAGGCCUGCUGUCGCCAGUAUGAGAUGGGGGAAUGCACCCGCGGAGGUUUCUGUAACUUCAUGCAUCUGAAACCCAUCUCCCGUGAACUCAGGAGAGAGCUCUAUGGACGCCGCAGGAAGGGCCGCCACAGGUCUCGGUCUCGAUCCAGAGACCGGGACAGAGGGCGAGGAGGAGGAGGAGGAGGAGGCCGCAACCACGAGAGGCGUCGGUCCAGAGACCGAGAGCGUUCAGGAAGGUUCUGAGCCUCUCCAUCCCUGAAUCCAUCACUGUGUUGAUUUCUUUCUUUUUUUUUUUAUUCUUUUUUUUUUUGUUUGUUUGUACCCUGUCUCAUUUGGAUUUAAAACAAGGCAGCAGGUUUUGAAGAUUUGUGAAAACGAGUUUCACCUCAUUAAAUUUAAAGUUUCUACUCCAA